CGAGGAGCCGUUGUUGGUGCAAGGUGGGUGAUCGUUGUGUUGCCUCCCCUCUGACUUGGGAUGGAUGAUGAUGUGAUGUGAAGUGAUCCCCCCGAACAUCUCUCUCGUUUCCCCGAUGAUGUGUUGAGAGCAUGACCCGCAGGAACCCACCUGAACUCGUAGACGAUGUUAUUUAAAGGGAACAGUUCCAAACUGGAGUUGCUCAUUGAGAAAAUUCAGGCUAAUAAAGAAAACGGGACGGAAACAGAAACCGGCAGCGUGGCGAAUGAAGAAGUGAGCGUGGGAGGGUCGUCGUGGGAGGUGGGAUCUGAUAGCCGAGGGUCGCUAUCGCCAGCUUCUUCGGCCACGCCUACGUCAGCAUCCGAGACGGACGUUGAGGCCGCUGCCACCGUGGGCGUCACCCAGACUACCCCUUACCAGUGUUCCUUUUGUGAUCGCGCCUUCCCCAGGCUCUCCUAUCUCAAGCGGCAUGAGCAGACUCAUGCGGACCAGCUCCCAUUCCGGUGCGAGUUCUGUGGCCGUCUCUUCAAGCACAAGCGCUCGAGGGACCGCCAUGUCAAGCUCCACACCGGAGACAAGAAGUACAAAUGUUGCCACUGCGAUGCUGCCUUUUCGAGAAGCGACCACCUUAAGAUUCAUAUGAAAACCCAUGACACACAGAAGCCAUACCAGUGUUCUGUAUGCAACAGAGGUUAUAACACGGCAGCUGCACUGACCGCUCACAUGCAGAACCACAAAGCUAAACUGACAGCCCAUGCCCUGAAUCAGCUGCUGAAAGAUGCCCAGGCUCCGUCAGAUGCCCACGCUCUCUCACAGAUCCUUAGGGACUCAACUGGUGAUGCACAUUCACACGCUCUCAACCAUCUCCUGAAAGAUUCACAGAAGGAACAGCUGCUAAGCCCAAAGAGUGGGGAUCAGGGUAGCGGAUCUUCACCUGGUGCAUUAACAGCUUCCCCAGGUGGUGAACAGUCCCCUACUUUAUCACCUGUUGCAACUGUCCGCUGCCCUGUCUGUCAUGCUCAUUGUCGUAACCAAGCUCACCUUCAACGUCAUGUGUCUCGUUAUCAUGCUGAUGACCUGCAGUCGUCCUCCCUAGAAAGACCUGCUUCUCGUGGAGGUGGGUCAGGGGCAUCAUCUAUUGGAGGAGCAUCAUCAGUAGCUUCUACUCCAUCACCUCGACCACCCUCGUCUCUUCCCUCCCCAAGGCCUCUUUCAAAUCCUCUACUCUCUCUUGUUGGUGGAAAACUGGCUUGCUUAUAUUGCUCUAGGGAUGGGUUUCCAUCUUUGGAGGCUCUGCAACUCCAUUUACAUUCUGCUCAUGGAUCUGUGAUAAAUGGUGAAGUCAGAGACAUUGCAAGUAUGCUUGGCCUUCCACCAUCUCUUGGAGCAUCCUUAGGUGCUGGUGGUCUAGCAUCAACACUGGCCUCACCCCUUGGUCCAGGAUCAUCUCGAGGAGUCAGUUGUGAACUUUGUGGCGCCAGAGUAGGUGGUGUUACAGCCCUACAACGACACGUCAUAACUGCUCACACCUUUACCGAUUUGUUAGCUAGAGCUGCAGAGGGUGUAUUUUGUGCUCAGUGUCUUUUGCCCUUUAGUAAUCCAGGUGCUCUGGCUGAACACAUCAAGCUUGUUCAUGCUGGACCUGUUCUGUCAGCUGUCUUAAAUAAGCGACCGCCAUCUCCACCCAGUGAUACACCUACUGACCUAAGCAAAAAGUCUCGGCAUGACAGUUUAACAUCAGAACUCCCUGCUUCAACACUUCUUUGUAGUCAAUGUAAUGCUCCUUUUACAAACUUUGAAGCUUUCAGAAGACAUCUGAAAACCCAUCUUGAGGGAGGAGAUCAGAUCACUUCAUCCUUGUCUGGAUCGACACAGAUGAUGUGCCCAGAGUGCAGACUACCACUGACUUCAGAUGCUCCUCUUGAAGCUCAUCUUGCAACCCAUUUAGGUGUUGUGACAACAGAGUAUGGAUGUCAAGCUUGUUUAAAACUAUUCCCAAAACCAGAUGAGCUUCAAAAACAUUUGAUGGACAUACAUGCACAUCACUUGUAUCGUUGUGCUCUUUGUAAAGAGAUGUUUGAUUCUAAGGUUUCUAUUCAAGUUCACUUUGCUGUAAAACACAGCAAUGAAUGUAAAGUUCAUAAAUGUACUCGAUGCUCACUUAUUUUCCGUUCACAGUCUGAAUUUGAAGUACAUAUCCGUGCAAGUCACAUGCGAAGAGAGCAGUCUGGUGGAGACUCGCUACUGGGUGGUGGAUCAAUGGGUGGAUCUGGGGGUUCUUAUCGCUGCCUGCUGUGCACCCUCAGCUUGGGUUCUGAGGCAGAAUUGGCAGCUCACGUUGCCACGCAUCAGCGCCAGUUCCAGUGUUCUCUUUGUGAUGAUGCCUUCCAUGUUGAGUUCCUUUUAGACAAACAUAUGCAGACUCAGCAUAACUCAGAGCUUAAUGGUAAUGUUCCCCAACCAGAAAACUUGGCUAAGCCUCGACGUAGUCCACAGAAAAAAGAUCUUAAAUGUGAUAUUUGUGAUGCAGAAUUUUCCAGUGAUUCAGGAUUGCUCACUCAUAGAAAACAAGCUCAUAACAUUAAAGGUAGUGGAAGUGGUGUUGGUGCAAAAGUAUCUGCAGCAUCAUUAAGCUUAUUCUGUGCCUACUGCAGUGAAGCCUGCAAGUCCAGAGGUGACUUAGAAGCACACAUGAAAACUCAUCAAGGCAGUGCAGGUCGCCAUAAAUGCAACAUAUGUGAUGAGUUGUGUCCUUCUGCUGCCCUUUUAGCACAGCACAAAUUAACACAUGUCAAAGUUAUUUCAGGUAGUGCCUGUGCUGUAUGCAGAGAGCCUUUGACAUCAGAACAGCAGUUUACUAGCCAUCAAAAUGACCAUCAUCCUUCUCCCUUGCCUCAGCCAUGUGUGGUAUGCCGACAAACCCUAGUUACUGACAUGGAAGUAAAUGUCCAUGCUCGCUUCCAUGCAGCCCAGGCUGCACAAGCUGCUGCUGCUGCAUCUAUAGCUUCAAGCACCUAUGGUAAUUCAGAAUUGCUUCCCCCUUCAAAUUCUUAUGUAACAACAACAGCCGCUGGGACAAGUAUAACCACAAGUAGCAGUAACAGCAGUCGUGCAAGCAAUAGUCCACGUCACUCUCCCUUACUCAAAUGUCCAGAAUGUCAUGUAAAGCUGGAGUCUGUUGAAGAAGCAGAAGCACAUGCUGUGGCUCACCACCACCACCAAGGAUUUGGACGCACAUUUGGACAGUCCUCUCGUACUUAUCAGUGCAUCAAAUGUCAAGAAAGCUUUGCAACAGAAGCAGAGAUAGAAGCACAUGUUGCCUCUCAUUUGCUGCAUGAAGGAUCUGUCCAUGAAUGUCAUCUUUGUCAAGCUACUUUUGAUACUCCACUUCGUCUUCAGUGUCAUUUGAUAGAACAUACAUUUGAAGGAUGUGGAAGCUUCACUUGCUACAUGUGUUCAUCUGUAUUUACGACAGCAACAAGACUCCAGCAACACAUGGUUGAACAUGGCCUCAGUGCUCGUCCAUAUGACUGUCAUCACUGCCAUCAGCGUUUCUUUUUCCGUGCAGAAUUGGAAAAUCAUGCUCUUUCUCACCCAGAGGCAGCUGAUGGUGCUUGUCGAGAGUGUUUAGCAAGUUUUCCAGACCUUCCUAGGCGCAGUUUACGCAGGCCGUCCCUAUCUAGUUUGAAUACUUCUCAGCACUUUACAACCAGAGCAACCCCACCACAUGGUUUGUCAGAAGGAAAACCACGAGCCUCAUCGCCUUGCUCAGCUUGUGCUGGUGAUGACAGUGAGCAAGCCCCAACAAAUGGGCAUGCUAAUUCUGCAUCUGAAUCUGUAGACGAGUAAAAAAAAAAAAGAAUUUCUUCAUUAGACCAGUUUUUUUAUUGUUCUUUGAUAACUUUGUGGUUUAAGUGUUCAAGGUCUAUUUACCAAAGUAUAUGAAUGAAUGGACUAUCUUAAAAUCAUUGUGUACAAAUGGAUGGUCACUCUUGCAUUAUUGUUGGAGGACUGAGAUACCAAAUAUGUUGUAUUGUUAACUGAGGGGACCAAAGACUGAUGAUGCUAACUCCUAGAAUGAACAAGGAUUUAUAUGUAUUUUGAUGCCUAUGUAUAUGUAUGUGUUAGUAGGAGCGAGCAUCAUCUACAUUAAACCCUUCUGUAUAUUCUCCAACAUGUAAUAACAUGCAUCAUUACUGAGAAGUGGUUUGAAAAUGUGUUGAGACUUUUGACUUUUAAAUGUUAGGCAGCCCAACAGCUGAUGUGUCUAUUCACAGUGGUAGUUUUGUCAUUUCAAGAGCUAUACUGUAUAGUGUAUGCAUACCUUGUAAUCUUGACAGUUCAUAAUCAGUGAAGUAUUUUUACAGGGCAUGUGAUAUAUAAGAUAGCAGUCUGUAUUUGGUUAUGAUUUUUAUAAGAUGUAGCUGUAUAUCAAGGCACUGAAGGGUGAAAGUAAGCUCCAGGUUUUUUUUAAACUCACGAGAGUAUCAUGAUAUGGCAAUGAACACCAUUUAUCAGCCACUGUAACUUUUCUUCUUCCUGUCAGCACACCUGUUUGAGUUGCCUGAUGUGAACUGUGUCUGAGAUUGGGAGUAACCACUUCUGAAGAGAAUUUUUAUUAAUUUAUGUAGAUUUACCCAAUAUUCUAAAUGAAGAGAUGCUGAAUGUAGUGCUUUAUUUUGUUGUAGCUUUAAACAAUAAACACUUUUACAAGAACUAAGUACAAAUAGUUCUGUCGUGAAGCUACAAUACUGUUUAUGCAUUCCUUGAAAUGCAUUAUUGGUUUUAGUGCACUUAGGUGUUCAUGAAAGUUAGGUAUUGAUACAGAUGAAAAAAACAUGUCCCAACUGUUGCCUCUUUGUUGAAUGUCAUGCAUUUAUUCCACAGGGUACCUACCUAUCUUACCAUUUCAGUGUAAAUAGUCACCUAUUUAUGUUUCAUAGAUAUUUCCAAUCCUGUAGUGUCCAUAGUUUUUGUUGAAUGGAGGUGGAAGUUAGCUGUUUGAAAAUAUUUAUUGUUCCGUAAAGCUUUCUUUAAAUUUUAUAUGCCGUAUUGUAACUCAUGUCUUACAGUGAAUGUACUUUGUGUAUACCUUCAUUACCAUUAUGAUUUUAGUAGUGCAUAUUCUCAUGUGAUUGACAGUUAUUAAUUUAUUUGAUUUAAACCAAAGUUUUAUAUUACAGAUGCAAGAGUUUUGGCCCUGGGGGUAAAUCUAGUGUCAGGUAUUAACAGGGAUGAUUUUUGUUGUUGUUUCAACGAAGACAUUUUUUUAUGAAACUUAUGCAUUUGUUAAAAUUGAGUCGUGGAGUCCUAUUGUAAAACAAGUGAAAUAAAAUUUCACUAUAA